AUGGUUUCCAUAGCCCUUCCCCCAGUAACCUGUAUGAUGAAGUGGAACUGGAGGUCAACAGUCCAGAAGAAUUCUCGUUUUUCCAGGAAGACCUUGUGGCAGAACAGCUGACAUACAUGGAUGCAAAACUCUUCAAGAAAGUUGUGCCCUACCACUGUUUGGGAUGCAUCUGGUCUCAAAGGGAUAAGAAAGAAAACAACCACGUGGCACCUACCAUCAGAGCCACCAUCUCUCAGUUCAAUGCAGUUACCAAAUGUGUUGUCAGCACUAUCCUGAAGAGCAAAGAACUCAAAACACAGCAAAGAGCCAAGAUCAUUGAGAAGUGGAUUAAUAUUGCACAUGAAUGUAGGAUCCUGAAGAAUUUUUCCUCCUUGAGGGCCAUCAUUUCGGCACUGCAGUCCUACUCCAUCUAUCGGCUAAAGAAGACCUGGGCGUGUGUUCCAAAGGACAUAAUGCUGAUGUUCGAAGAGCUGUCUGACAUCUUCUCGGACCACGACAACUAUCUGACAAGCAGGGAGCUGCUAAUGAAGGAAGGAACAUCCAAAUUUGCCAAUCUGGACAGCAGCGUGAAAGAAAAUCAGAAAAGGACACAGAGGCGACUGCAACUUCAAAAAGAUAUGGGGGUAAUGCAAGGCACGGUACCUUACCUUGGGACCUUCCUCACUGAUCUCACCAUGCUUGACACAGCCCUUCCGGACUAUAUCGAGGGUGGCCUGAUAAAUUUUGAGAAGAGGCGAAAGGAAUUUGAGGUAAUCGCCCAAAUUAAGCUCUUGCAAUCUGCAUGUAACAGCUACUGCAUGACACCAGACCAAAAAUUCAUCCAGUGGUUCUGGAGACAGCAGCAUUUAUCUGACAAGGAGAGUUGCAGCCUUUCCCAUGAGAUCGAAGCAGCUGCUGACACUAGCACCACGUCGCCGAAAUCUCGGAAAAGCAUGGUGAAGAGGUUCAGCCUGCUGUUUCUAGGCUCCGAGGUGAUCGCCCACAGCACACCCAUCAAAGAGCCACCCAAAUCCACUCCAAGUGGGAGCUCUGGGGAAAGCACGGACUCGGCCAGUGUUUCGUCCUGUGAGUUUAAUCACUCUGAAUCCGAAGACGCCUGCACCACUCCCACAGGCACUCCCGAGGAGCCUGAGAAGAAGCUCUCCGAAUCGUCCUCCUCCUCCGAGUCCUCCACCCAUUCCACGGACACAUCUUCCUCGGGAGUGUCAUCUCUAAUCUCACCCUCUCCUGCACAGUCCUCUACCGACAAGUGCUCUGUCUCCGAGACGCCCGUUACCUCAAAAGCACCGUCUCCUGUUUACAACCAGCAGAACAACGAUACGUGCAUCAUCCGCGUCAGCACGGAAAACAACAACGGCAACAUGUACAAGAGCAUCCUGGUAAGCAGCCAAGACAAAGCUCCUGCUGUCAUCCAGAGAGCUAUGCUGAAGCACAACCUGGAAUGUGACGCAGCUGGGGAUUAUGAGCUCGUACAGGUCAUCUCUGAGGACAAAGAGCUGGUGAUCCCAGGCAACGCCAACGUGUUCUACGCCAUGAACAGCCACGUGAACUUCGACUUCAUCCUGCGGAAAAAAGCUUCGGUCAAUGGGCAGGUGAAGAUGAGGAGCCGCUGCAGCCUGGCGUUCCUCAGGACUGCCAGGCGCGGGUGCUGGACCAACAGGCCCAGCAAAAUCUCACUGUGA